GGUUCAAAUUGACUCAAAUAUCUGAGCGGAGACACAAUGGAGGAGAACACGGCGCAGACACAUUACUGAAAGACUUAUCUGUGUGUUACACACUGUGCAGCUCCAUCCCGGAGUGAGAGCAAACCAGCGGACAUUACAAAGAGUUGGGAUAGUCUUGUUUCUUCGCUUUUUAAACUGUUUCCAGUGGAGGAGGUUGCACUCUGGCAUUGAGCUGCAUCACAUCAGAGGUCAUCAUGCCUCCUACGACCCCAUACGCCGGGAAGUUCAGCUCUUGCGCUCCUUACAGCAACAACAACAACCACCCUCAGCCUCACAGCCCGUACCGCAGCAACACGGCCCCGAAGCCCACGAAAGAAAACGUCUGCAACGGCGCCUACUCAUCUUCAGAGAACCCCUACGACAUACCGCAGCCUCACAGUUCGUAUCGCAGCUCCUCGGUCUCCUCUAUGACCGCCAAGGAGCAUCAUUACAACAGCAGCUGCGCGGUUUCAGAGAACCCGUACUCGCCGCAGCCCCACAGCCCCCGACAGCACAGCACUUCCUGUCCCGGGCGCGCGUACCGCCACACCAGCAGCAGCAGCGGCAGCGAGCAGUCUUCUCGUAACAACUCUGUUGUGGCCAAAGGCAGACGUUACGGACACGGCGUCACCGCUAGCUACGGGGAGAUGUGUUACCACGACAACAGUUUGGUUUCAGCGUCCCUUGAGGCGCUGAUUCAGCACCUGGUUCCUACGGUUGAUUACUACCCUGAUAGGUCGUAUGUGUUCACCUUCCUGCUGAGUUCACGCCUCUUCCUGCACCCGUACGAGCUCAUGACGAGGGUUUGUCACCUGUGUGUGGAGCAGCAGCGGUCCGGUGACGCCCUGCUGGAUAAGAUCCGUUUCCGUGAGGUGGCGCCUAAGCUGGUGCAGCUGCUGACCGAGUGGACGGAGACAUUUCCAUAUGACUUCAGGGACGAGAGGAUGAUGCGCUGCCUCAAGGACAUGACGCACCAUGUGGCCCGAGGUGACGAGUACUCUUGGCGAGCCAUGCAGCAGAUGACCCAGAGGCUCAUCAAGCGGCUAUCCGCCCUCGGCCAGUAUGAAGAAGCCGUUACUGCGCUCAACGCCGUGGCGUUGGAGCGGCCCGCCUCCCUGAAAAGCAAACAGGCCUCGGGUCAGCGCAGCGACGUAAUGAGCGUGUGUGACGACCCCUUCGUCCUCGCGCAGCAGCUCACACACAUCGAACUGGACAGACUGAGUUUUAUCGGUCCUGAGGAGUUCAUCCAGACAUUCGCCAUGAAGGAUCCUCUGGAGAACCAUAAGGGUUUCUUCCGGAAGCGUAAAACCAGCAACCUAGAGGCAUACGUCAACUGGUUCAACAGACUGAGUUACCUGGUUGCCACGGAGAUCUGCAUGCCAGUGAAGAAGAAACACCGAGCAAAGAUCAUAGAGUUCUUCAUUGAUGUGGCUCAGGAGUGUUUCAACAUCGGCAACUUCAACUCCCUCAUGGCUAUCAUUACUGGGAUGAACAUGAGUCCUGUUGCCAGACUAAGGAAAACCUGGAAUAAAGUCAACACAGACAAGUUCGAAAUCCUGGAGCACCAGAUGGACCCGUCCAGCAACUUCAGCAACUACCGAACUGCGCUCCGCGGCGCCACCCAGAGGUCUGAGACCGCACACAGCAGCCAGGAGAAGAUUGUGAUUCCUUUCUUCAGUCUCCUCAUUAAAGACAUCUACUUCCUGAAUGAAGGUUGUGCCAGCAGGUUGACCAACGGGCACAUUAACUUUGAGAAACUUUGGGAGCUUGCAAAGCAGGUGAGCGAGUUCCUGGUUUGGCGUCAGGUGGUUUGUCCGUUUGACAGAGACAGAAGGAUCCUCCAGUACCUCGUAACCACGCCUGUCUUCAGUGAAGAUGAGCUGCACCUUGCUUCUUAUGAGAGUGAAGGACCUGAGAACAACAUGGAGAAAGACAGCCGGAGGUCUCUCAGAUCUUCCCUUCUGCAUCGAGAGAAUCGGUCCUAAGACAAUGACAAUCUCCUCUGCUCUGCAGACUGUAAAUGAACGAGGUAUUUUAAAGCUACAGGUUCCUUCAUAUUAUCUCAUGGACACAUUUUUAUAUUCCCUCGGACAACAAACACAGCUGGGCCCAUAUACUAACAGAUCAACAGAAGAAUAUCUUACAGUAUGUGGGCUUGGAGCUCACAAGGAGCAUAAAUGAUUUACAAAAUCAAAUACUGCAACACUCUUUGAUAAGAUUAAUCAGGUGCCAAAGGACCUCAAUGCUGCAGUUUUGAACAUUGUGAUUCCCAAGAAGAGCUCGGAGUUGUGAUUUACGUCAUCAGCUGUGCUUCUUCUUCAACAUCAGCUCGGUCCAAGGCACUUAGAGGACUUCAGACGCCUGCAGAAGUUGUCAAACGUGGAUUUUGUUUAUAUUGUGGAAGGACUCAUACCACAGAAGCAUACAGGACCAGUUUUGCCUCUGAGAUGGAUAUGGACCUGGUUGCAUUGCAACAUAAGCACUGUUUAUUUGCGGACACCCUGGCUGUUAGAAACCACAGGGAGGAGAGAUGCACUCUGAAUGGAAGAUCAUCGAUUUGUAUUAUAAAUAAACAGGCUAACAACUGCUUUUAGAAGUGGUGUUGUCUGCGGUGUUGUCUUGUUGAGUGCUCGAUUGUAACGGCAACAUUGCGAGCAGCAAAUGCACCUCAUCCAAUUCACUUUCUCUCAGUUUGCACACAGCAUCAGUUUCCGGCUAUUUUCCAGAGUCAUUCGAGCCUUUGAUCUAAUUUAAAAGAAAGUCAGUACAUCAGCUACAUAUUCCCAAACUCAUUUUGCAGACGCUGCAUUUAUCAAUCAUGCUAUUUGGUUCUAAACAUUUUGUGAUGUGUGCACUUUGACUGCGUAUUGGUGAUGCAAAAUUGUGCAAAUGUCAGCAACAUCAAGCAAAUCAUGCAAGUUAAAUCAAAUGCACUUCAGUGGGUUCGUGUGUAUUGUAUUAUAGGAUUUAGUGACUCCAAUUUUAAGGUGUCUUUAUAUACAGUAUUAAGUUGUAUUUUGUAUCAGAAGGUUAAAAAAAGUGUUUUUUCUUUAUGUACUUUCUCUGAAGUUUCACCGUGAGCUUGUUGCUGGUUGGCUGGCUCUGUGUUGGUAAGCUAUUUUUGUUAAUACAACACCAGUUCAUGUGUGACAAAGAAGUGUUUUGGGUCUGAAUGAAACACAAACUGAUGUGUGUAUGUGCAGCUUAAACAGGACCCCAUCCUCCUCUUCAUCUCAUCUGCGAUGAUGUGAUCCUUCAAAAUCUGCCUAUGAGUGCAUGUGAUGCUGUUGUGUUUUUUAAAAAGCUCAUUUUAUGUUUCAUUUUAUAAGUGUUUUCUCAUGUAUGCUUUUUUGUGUAUCAUUGUGUAACUGGUCAGGGUACUUGUACUGAAGGUCUUUGUGAAAAGAGAAUUAUAUUUUUUCUUUCAAAUAAACUGAAUAACUGAAUAA